AUGCGUCUCUUAUUCUUCAUUGCCGCCUGGUUUUUAGCAAACUGCUCCGCCCAUCCCCAGUACAACCCACAACCGUAUCCACCUGUCCUCCGUUCUCGUCAAGCGUCCUCUGGGAACAGCUCUUCUCUCCAAGUUGACCUUGGCUACGAGGUCUACGAGGGCUAUACUAACUCAACAACGGGAUUGAACGUGUGGAAAGGCAUCCGGUUCGCAGCCCCUCCAACUGGCUCACACAGGUGGCAAGCUCCUCAAGCUCCUCAAACAAACCGCGAUGCUGUGAUCCAAGCAAACCAUUUUGGACCCAUAUGCCCGCAAAACCAGGAUACAACGAAUACAUUGGUGCCCCUUAACAGUACAGGAUCGAGCGAGGACUGUCUGUUUCUCAACGUAUAUGCGCCACCAAACGCUGCCAGUCCGCUCCCAGUGCUUUUCUACAUUCACGGCGGAGGGUAUGGGAGAGGUAACGGUCAGCAGGACUUAUCGGCUAUCAUUAAUGCUAACAAUAACUCGUUCGUUGGUGUGACCAUCCAGUACAGGCUUGGGGCCUUUGGGUUUCUUGCCGGCGAUGAAGUCUUUCGAAAUGGAGUGGUCAACGCUGGCUUGCUAGACCAGUAUCUUGCGCUUCAGUGGGCGCAAAAAUACAUCUCUUUGUUCGGAGGCGAUCCCAACCACGUGACAAUCGCUGGGCAAUCAGCAGGUAGGUUCCCACCGUCCUUGCAAGACAUGGCCUAUGGUGGCUCCCAGGGCCAAUCCCUUUUCAGAAAUACGAUCGCCUCCUCGCCAUACCUACCCAUGCAGUACGGAUAUAAGGACUGGCAGCCUUCUCAAGCAUACUACGCCUUCGCUUCGAUGGUCGGUUGUGCACCGACCUUGCCCUAUGGUGCUCAUCCAAAUACAAUCUUUGAAUGUCUGGUUAGCCAAGAUUCGGCUACAUUGCAAAAUGCAAGCGCUACCCUAUCCGAGUCUGGCAAAUAUGGGACGUGGGCGUUCUUACCGGUAACGGACGGCAUCUUUGUCCAAGAUCUUCCCAGCCGCCAACUCUUGCGCAAAGAGCUUAAUGGACUAAAUCUAUUAGUGAGCAAUAACGCCCUUGAAGGACCGGCAUAUACGCAGCCCAACAUUACGACAGAAGACGACCUAGUGGCGUGGCUGCAGUUGACGUUUCCACUUUUCACGAACGAUGAGAUUGCAAAAGUGCUCCUUUACUAUCCCAGUUCGAACGAGUCGACGAAACUCGAUGCCCCUUUGUAUGCUUCGUCAGGUACCGGCUCACCCAGUUUCAUCAACCAGAGUAGCGUUGCGACGGGGCAGCAGCAAAGAGCCUUUGCCAUUUAUUCAGAGACAACCUUUGUAUGCCCCUCGUACUGGAUGGCAGAGGCCUACAGCGACCACGGACGCAAUUCAUUCAAGUAUCAAUAUUCUGUGCCUAUUGCUGUUCACGGGACCGACUUGACUGCUUACUUUGGACCUCCGACGCCGAAUCAGAGCCCCGACUUCGUCAAUGCAGCUAUGAAGAUUUGGGGUAGCUUCAUCACCUCAGACAACCCGUCUAUUCCCAAUGCUGUUGCGAACGGGCUCUCGUCCAACAGUACCUUCAGCAACCCGGCUUCCGAUUGGCCUCCGUUCAAGAUGUACUCACCAUAUCAGAUCAACCUCAACGUGACCGGGGGCACGCCGUUCUCGUUCAACUUGUCCUACAUUAAAGCCAACUUGACAGAAUAUGGGGAACCGGGGUUGGUGAACAACUUCACCCUGGUCGAUGCGUAUACGUGGGAAGCUGGGAGAGGAUAUCGCUGUGACAUGUGGAGGAGUUUAGGAUCUAUCGUGCCUGAGUGA